AUGUCCCAGCUCUCCUCCACGCUGAAGCGGUACGUCGACUCGUCGCGCUAUGCCGAGACCACCUACGGCAAGGUGCCCGGCGGCUACAGCUCCUACACCUCCUACGGCUCCACCCUGACCACGGCCUACGCCGACAGCGACAAAAUCGGCUUCAAAGCCAGCUACCUGCCCUCCCCCCGGUACCACCACGCCGGGCUGUCCCCCACCAGCGGCUACGACAGCGGCCGCCUGCCCCUGUACCCCGACUCCGGCAUCCGCCUGAGCCCCGCUUACAUCCGCACCCAGCCCCGGCCGCCCGGCGUUGGGCUGAGCGGGGGCUCAUGCUACACCUUCACGGGGACCCCCAGCAGCCCCCCGGGCUACCUGCCCACCGCAGCGCCCCUCAGCCGCCGCAAAUCCAUCAGCCACUCGGACCUGGCACAGGAAUUUUCGGGGCUGCGCGCCUCGGAUAGCGCCUACGUGUCCAGCCCCGGUGCCCGGGGCCGCCAGGAGUUCGGCGCCCUGCAGGGUCUGUACCAGGCUGCCGCACACUCCGACUACGUCCGCGAUUACCUGGAGAGCUGCGGGAGGAAGAGCAGCCACUACAGCUUCCCCUGCAGCCCCCCUGGACCCCCCCAGGCUGCCCUCGGCUCUGCCCUGUCCUCCACCGGCACCCGCGGUGCCAGCCAGCCCUGCGAGAGGAGUGACGGCUACGGCGGCACCUCUGCCCCCGACCCCCCGCGGGGGCUGGCCGUCACGGAGCCCUGCUGCUGCUGCCGCCUCUCCACCCAUUUGAUGUCAGAGCUCUGCUCAGGUGCCGUCAGCCCCGAGAGCCGGCACCGGCUCCGGCACCGCAACCGCGCGGCCACGGCGGUGCUCCGAUCACCCGGGAGGGGAGCCAUGAGGGACUCGUACACGGUGACGCUGCCCGAGGAGCCCCCCGCGCUCCCCGACCUUCACAAGGAGCUGCGCCCCCGCGCCUCCAUGCCGGGGUCCCUGCUGGUCUCCACCUUCGUCGGGCUCGUCCUCAACAAGACCAAGAGCUCCAAGGCGGUGCAGGGGCUGACCGGCCUGCGGAACCUGGGCAACACGUGCUUCAUGAACUCCAUCCUGCAGUGCCUGAGCAACACCAGGGAGCUGCGGGAUUACUGCCUGCAGAACCAGUACCUGCGGGACCUCAACAACAACAGCCGCAUGCGCACCGCGCUCAUGGCAGAAUUCGCCAAGCUGAUCCAGCUGCUCUGGACCUCGUCCCCCAACGACAGCGUGAGCCCCUCCGAGUUCAAGACGCAGAUCCAGCGAUACGCCCCCCGCUUCGUCGGCUACAACCAGCAGGACGCGCAGGAGUUCCUGAGGUUCCUCCUCGACGGGCUGCACGGCGAGGUGAACCGCGUGCUGGUGCGGCCGCGGGCCAGCGCCGACACCCUGGACCACCUCCCCGACGACGAGAAGAGCCGCCAGAUGUGGAGGAGGUACCAGGAGCGGGAGGACAGCCGGGUUAGCGACCUCUUCGUCGGGCAGCUGAAGAGUUCCCUGACCUGCAGCGAGUGCGGCUACUGCUCCACAGCCUUCGACCCCUUCUGGGACCUCUCCCUGCCCAUCCCCAAGAAAGGCUACGGCGAGGUGACGCUCAUGGACUGCCUCCGGCUCUUCACCAAAGAGGACGUGCUGGAUGGGGAUGAGAAACCGACGUGCUGUCGCUGCAAAGCCAGGACGAGGUGCACGAAGAAAUUCAGCAUCCAGAAGUUCCCCAAGAUCCUGGUGCUUCACCUGAAGCGCUUCUCGGAGGCCAGGAUACGAGCGAGCAAGCUCACCACCUUCGUCAACUUCCAGCUGAAGGACCUGGACCUCCGGGAAUUCACCUCGCAGAGCUGCAACCACGCCGUUUACAACCUCUACGCCGUCUCCAACCACUCGGGCACCACCAUGGGGGGACACUACACCGCCUACUGCAAGAGCCCCGUCUCCGGCGAGUGGCACAGCUUCAACGACUCGCGCGUCACCCCGAUGUCCUCCAGCCACGUCCGCAGCAGCGACGCCUACCUGCUGUUCUACGAGCUGGCCAGCCCGUCCUCCCGCAUGUAG